AAGGCCGCUUUACGCCCUCCUCUUAUUUGAACCUAUUCACAACCUCUCUGUCAAAAUGCGUGUACAAGAAGGACACAAGAGCUUCGCCAGUCCUGGGUUCAGUCAUGGGCGAUAAUCAGUUACAGAGCCGUUUCUCUGUGACUGUGAUCUUUCUCAACGAGAGCGACGUAAAGCGAGAUCAACAUCAGGAUCUCACGCUUCACGCGCACAGACAGCUGGACGAUGACGUCUCUCUCACAAUUAACGACGAUGCUGGGGUUUGUGUUUUUAAGUUCUCCAUCACGAGGGAGACCGAGUGUUGUCGGGUGGCCAGCCGCUCGUUCCUCGUCACACUGGGCUAUUUCAGCAUCCUAAUCCGCUUCAACUCUCAGUCAGAGUUUCAGGGCUUCCACAGACUGCUGAGCUCGUGGACGGACCUCAGGAGGACAGACCCGUCUGUGUUUCAGCAGAGGACCGAUGAAUCGUCUGCGCUGCAGUACUUCCAGUUUUAUGGCUGUCUGUCCCAGCAGCAGAACAUGCUUCAGGAUUACCUCAGGACCGCAACGUACCAAAAAGCCAUUUUGCUCAAUGAAGUCGACUUCAAAGAUAAAGUGGUUCUCGAUGUGGGCUGUGGGACGGGGAUAUUGUCCUUCUUCGCCGUCCAGGCCGGGGCGAAGAGAGUUUACGCGGUGGAGGCCAGCUCUGUGGCCAAAUAUGCAGAAAUUCUAGUGAAAAGCAAUAGCUUGUCUGACAAAAUCACGGUUCUGUCAGGAAAGAUCGAGGAAGUGUCCUGCCCGGAGAAGGUGGACGUCAUCAUCUCGGAGCCCAUCGGCUACAUGCUCCUCAACGAGAGGAUGCUGGAGAGCUUUCUACACGCCAAAUACUGGUUAAAGCCCAAAGGAAUGAUGUUCCCUACGCAGAGUGACAUUCACCUGGCUCCGUUCACUGACGAACAACUGUACAUGGAGCAUCAUGCCCGCACCAACUUCUGGAAUCAGAGGGGUUUCUAUGGCGUGAACUUGAGCGGCCUUCAUUCUUCUGCGCUGGAUGAGUUCUUCAGACAGCCGAUAGUCGACACAUUUGAUGUGCAGAUUCUCAUGGCCAGGUCUGUGAAAUACACAAUCAACUUUCUGGAGGCAAAAGAGGAAGAUUUACAUCGGUUGGAAAUCCCAUUUGUCUUCAAACUGCUGCAGUCAGGGCUCAUUCAUGGACUUGCCUUUUGGUUCGAUGUGGCCUUUGUUGGUUCAAGAAUGACAGUAUGGCUGUCCACUGCUCCUAAUGAACCUUUGACUCACUGGUAUCAGGUGCGCUGUCUUCUGCAAACCCCCCUGUUUGCCAAAAUGGGACAGACAUUAUCUGGACAAGUUCAUCUAAUAGCCAACAGGAGACAAAGCUAUGACAUUCACAUCACUGCUGUGGUUGAUCAGUCUGGAUUUAAAUCUGGGAACACACUGGAUUUGAAAAAUCCUUUUUUCCGUUACGCCUGAAUCAUCACUCUCAAGACUGCAGGUCUAUCACUCAACAUGCAAAAAUAACAAAAAAAGAAUGAUAUUACUGCCCAGAUUAAAGUCCACAGAUCUGAAUCUAUGAACCCUUUUGAAAAAUCCAGCUUAAGGAAUGAUGUGGGAGUGCUGGUGUAGCAGCUACACCAGCUCAGUUUAGCUUGAGGACAGCAUGAAUAAGCAGGUUCACCAGCACUAACCAGCACAAACCAGUCCGGACCAACGUGGAAUUCAUUCAUGCUGGUUAUGCUGGAUUUUUCAGCAGGGAAGGUUCUGUGUGCAUGUGAUAUCGUGAUAUGGGAUAUAUGUUAGUAAAACAAGGUGACUGAUUGAAAUUGCUUUAUUUUCAUAGCCAUCAUCUUUAAAUAAUUAGUUUUACAUUAAAAGGAUAGUUCACCCAAAAUGUAGGCUUUUAUUCACUUAUAAAUGAAAAGUCAAGCUUUUGUUGAGCAUAUUUGAUGAGCUUCAUGCAUGUGCUUUAAUCUUGACAUCUAUUUCUUGUAUGAACAUCCAAAUAUGCUUUCACAGAAAUGUGUGAAUUAAGUCUGUUUAAAACAUUUUCUAUUGAAAGACUGAAAUUAAAUAAAAUGGUUUCGGAGAAAAUUUUGUUUUAGCUACACCGCUGAUCAAACACACUUGAAAAAUCUAUCCAGAGUCUUCGGAAUAUUUGAAGAUUACAUGCGGUUGUGAUUUUGCAGACUGAUCUCAUGAAAUGGCGUAUGUAUGACAUGCCAAUUCGUGUUUCCAUUUUGGCGUGCAAUAAAAACUAUGUUUACGCAAAAGUCAUGAUGUCAUGGAUUUUGGAUUAGAUUUGGAGCUAAACUCUGCUGGACAGGGUGUUGCCACCCAUGGCUCAAAAAUAAACUAAAAGGAGAACACAGUAAAUGCACUGGUGAAGUCUGCAGUCCAAUCUUUAGCUUCUGAAAUUUGUGAAAACCAAAAACCUCCUGUUGGUUCUUUCAUUUCUCACUUGUCUUUUCAUUUAGAUGGCUGUGAGUCCCUGUUAAAAUCUUGCUUGACACUGGUUUGGGUUCCUCUGGAUCCUUCGAAGUGCAUGGACUUUAAAGGACACUCAUUCAAAGGCCACAAAGGUUGGAACAAGUGUUGUUAAAUGGGGCAGUCUAGCCUACGGAGGAUUGUUGGCCUUGCAACUGUGACAGCUGCCUUUGAUGAGCGGCAGUAACAUUGUACUGAACUUCUUUGAAAAUUAUAUUAAACUGUCUGAAAACAAAA